AUGGGAAUGAAAGUAAUGAUUUUUGCUGGUGUCACAACCCUGAUUCAAGCGGUGGUUCAAGUGAUCUUCAGUUCCGUGUCGGUCGCGCAGUAUUACUGCUUGGUAGAUUUUCUACGAGAGCUACCGAUCUUAAUUUACAUUAGAAUAUUGUAUUACCAUAAUCCGAGUCAAUGUGGCAUUCGCAUCAACAUAGGAAAUGCUAUAGACGGCAUAGCUGACCAAGCAUUUAUAUUAAUGACUAGAGAGCCACUAACUGUAACUCGAACAUUUAUUAUAAAUUGUGUUAGUUUGGGCUUAGGCGUUCUUUGGCUUCUUACCAGUGCGAUCAUUAUGACUGGUGGAUUAAAGAAUGAUUACUCGAAGCCAAUACGAUGGCCUUGGAUCAUGGUGUCAGUUUGUAUAUGCGCUCUAGAUGUCGUCGCAACUGUUAUAUUUGCCAAUGACUCGUUUUAUACAAAGACACUCGCAGAUAUUAUGGACUACGUGGAUGGGAGCGCCAACGGCACAGGCAAUGUUCAGCUGGAUACAUCCCUCACGGCAUGGAUCAUGGUCUUACUCUACUCGCGCUUCGGUGUCUUUUUUUUCAUCAAUCUUCUCCUUAUUAUUUUAGUGGCAGUAAAUAAAUCCCAAGCCGUCAAAACAGAUAUCGCUGCUGUUGAAGCACCAACUUCUAUGCUUCCUGUGGUACCAGAACCUACAAUACCCGUUGCUACUCAAGAUGCAGAAGUACAAAGCUCUCCUGUGGCUUCAGUAAAUGUACCAGUUCAAGAUACGGUAGAAAUAAGUUCUUUAUCUGAACCGAUUGUAACAGAAACGAUGCAACGAGAACCAAGACACGCACUCUCAGAUAUAACUGAAGUUUCAACAGAUUUGAGUAGUACGAAGGAACACGUAGGGUCCAAUAUCCGUAACGACUACGCAAAAAUACCACGUGCUGACUUCAGUCAGGCAUUUCGAAAAAUGAAAAAAUUGCUCUUCUAUAAAAGUUCUCCUCCUCCGAGACGAGUUUCCUUAACUAAUUCUUUGGAUAUUUCUCCAGAUAAAUCGCCGCGAAUACACCACGAGGAAGAUGAUAAAAAACGUACUGUGAAUUUUCCCGAUAAUCUACUAUCAUUGCCACAGCGUUUAGAAAAUAUGAUAGCCGAGCAGCAAAUGCGCCUGGACUGUGCAGUAAUAAAUAUGAUUGGCCAAAACUCGCCUCCUCGAACUACACAAUCUUUGCCUCAAUUGAAUGUAACCAACCAGCCCGCUACGCCUGUUUUCAAUCGCGAACGCGGCACUGCUGCCGAGCUUCAGGGACAACUGCCUUGGGCUUACAUCCCAGCUUCCGCACAUCGCAUGCGAGACCAGCUACCCCCAGAUGAGGAUUUACCACCAGUUCCACUUCCCGACUAUACUGCGAUAUCUUCUUUCAGAAAAGCUUCGGUCCAUCGCGCAGCAUCUAGUUUGAGCUCUUUGACGCAGAAGAGGAAUUAUUUUAUGUCACAAAACAAAAAGAGUUAGUCCGUUUUCUUUAUUUAGAUCGUUCACUGACGGAGACGGAUGUUUUAUACUGAAAAAAGGAAAAGUGGAACGUUUUAAUAGACCAAAGGCUUUAGACGUAUUUAAAUAAUUUAUAAUAUUUUUUAUGAGUUCCGUAAUGUUUGCUC